AUAUGUUAUUGCUGUAAAUAGGUGCUUAAUUUUAACGUGCGGAAUAUUCCUUGUUUGCAGGCUUACAUUGCUUCAAUGUUGUAAAUCGAGCUUACAUUAGGACCGGCUCUGUAGAGUGUCAACCGGAUAAGAUGAGGACGUUACCCAUUGUUGGGACAUAGAUGCAUUGUUUAUAAAUAUUAGCAUUAUAUGACAAAAAUCGAACAGAGAGAAAAGGGAGAGUGUUGAAGAACAAUUCAUAUCACUUAACUAUAAGACGUAGCGAGGCGACUAGGCAGAAUUCUGAACAAAAAGUCAACAUCAAUCAAUAUUUAUAAAGGAAUAUUAUUUCAUUAGGAACAUUUAUGGCAAAUGGAAAAGAAAAUAGUAGUGUACGAUAAAAAUGUUAGCACAUCAGAUAACCACGAGACUUGUGACCAAGCAAAAAGCAAAAGGAGACACUCCAGUAGGUAGAAUUGACCCAUCAGCAUAUGAAGAUUCUUUAGACGCAACAGGUCAUAUGAAGGUCAACAAGGACAACUUUACGAAUGAAUUAAUUAAAAAUGCCAAUGAUGAAUAUUUGCGUCGAGUGCACAAAUUAAUAAGCAUCGUGUGGGACAAAGCAGAGGUACCUGAGGACCUAUUCAUAAGAAAGAAGGCAAGACCAAUUGUGCCAACUACAGAGGAGCAUUCUUGCUCAACAUGAUACGUAGAGUGCGUGCCAAAAUAAUAAACAAUAAACUGGCACAAUAUAUUGACAGAGUUAAGCCCGAGCUCCACCAAUGCGAGUUUCGGCCAGAAAUAUCAAAUAUACGUCGAAUUUUCGCUCUCAGAAAACAAAUGGAAAAGUGAUACGAAUGCAAUAAGCACCUGCACAUAUUUUUUGUGGAUUUUAAGAAAGGAGUUGAUAGUGUAAACAGACCACAAGUACCGGACACACUGAUCAGUUGUCAUAUCCCUGGUAAACUAUUUUGUCUAAUGAUGGUGACAAGAUAACUUUGCGAAGUAAAUAUAAAAGGAGAGAUAUCAGAGAUAUUUGUUGUGCAAUUUUCGAAGUUAAUUAUAAAAGGAGAGAUAUCACAGAAGUUUGUUGUGCAAAUGGGAGUCAAGCAGGAAGGCGUCCUAUCAACGGGGGCUUCUAAUUUAAAGUUUUGCCGGGACACAUGUUGCACAUGGCGGCACAGAUUUGCACCUACGCUCAUGGCAUUGCUAUAGAUUGCCACUGAUUUGAAGGCGGAAAAACAUUUAUUUACCUAGGAGCAACUUUGUGUAAUGGCAAUACGGUGCAAUCAAAGAUUAAAGAGAGAUACAAGCCGCAAAAGAGGGUUACGAAAAUAUAGAAAUCAAAAUAAAUUAAAAAGAAAUGUGAAACAACGAACUUUUAUCAACGGUGAGGCCUGUGUUGUGCUACCGCGCGAAAACCUGUGCGAUGACGAAGAUACUUAAAACGUUUCGAAAGAAAAAUACUGACAAUAAUGAACCAAUAAAGGAGCAUUACGAAAGGGGGGGCCAGAAAUAAUGGCGAUAUGCGGGAGAGGACGUAGUGAAAUUAAUUAAUACAUAGAUGAUCUAUAGAUAAGUAUAACGCACAAUACGCAUAGGGGAGGAGAAAGUAAAGAAAAUAUUACAUGAGACAAAGCCAAUAAACGUUCGUAUCCACGGACUACCCAGAUUCCUGUGGCGGGAGGAAUCGAUAGCAAAUCUGCCAAAAAUAGGAAUCAAAAACUGAAAGUGGAGAACAACUGACAUACAAGUAUGGAGACAAAUAGUAUUGCACCAGUAGCUGUAGCGCCACAUGAUUAUAAAUAGCAAAUAUCAAACCUAAAGAGCUAGAAUUGUGAUGAAAAAAAUUUGGAGACUCAGUGUUCUCAAAAUUUUCUAAAGCAUUAAAUCUGACUUUUAUAGAAAACUUUAUCUACUUAAUAAUAAAUGCGGUGACACUGGUACAACGUGAAUCGAUACCUGGAGAUGAUAUUUACAUACUUUUUCAGUGAUAGCCAGACGGCGAUAAAAUCCCUCACAAAGCAGUCGCUUACGUCCAAGGCAAAUGUGCUAAAAGUUUCAUCGGUCCGCGAAUUAAAGUCCUAACGCAUUAAGUAAAAUAAUCAACUUGAAAUCUAAUUAAUUCCAAAAAAAAAAUAAUAAUAAUAAAAUAAAAGAAAAAUGCUUUGAAAAAUUUAUCGAAAAUUUAAAUGAAAAAAUAUAAGGUAUAAAAAAAAAUAAAAUAAAAAAAACCAGCAAAAUCAGAUCAACUUUUAAACCUGUGUGUAGUUUAAGUUAUAGUGUCGUGAAGAAUGGAAAAAAUAAAAUUAAUUAAUUUUUAGUUUAAAAGUAUUUAAUUCAACCGGAAAUUUACAAUCAAAUGUAAAAUUGAAAAGUUAAAUUUAAAUUAACAUAGAAGACAUAUUUAAAACUCGAAUUAUUCUAAUCGUAAUUACGUAAUCAGUAUGAAAAUACAAAAAUGUUUCUUAAACUCUUAUAAUAACAUAAAGAAAAAUCCGAGUUAAAUAAAAAUUUGGUUCAGCCGACUUAGCCCGAAAAAUUUCAGUGCUGAUUUGCCUCUGAGAAAAGAUCAAAUUUGUGCCCAACAAGAAAGUCGGCCUAAUAGUGAAAUAAAAUGUGGAAAAUAUUGCCUCGCUAGCACGCAAAUAAUCAAUUGUAAAAACAAACUAUACAAAUUAGUGUGGUUUUCCAACAAAGUGUUUAAUUUCAUUUGCUCACAAAGAAAAAAAAAAUAUAAAUAUAUAUAUUUCUGUGUUUUCGUGAGUGUGAGUUCAAUUCAUAUUUACAAUGAAUAAUUACCAACACCAAACGCCGCCACCUGUAACGCGGCAUCACCAUCACCAUUUGCCGCCGCCACCGCCGCUGCCGCAUCAUCAUCCGUCGCUGUUGCCGCAACCGCAGCCACCGUUGCCAAUGUUGCCAGCGCAACAGCAACAACAUCUACACCAGCAGGCGCAUCAGUCACCGCCGCAGCACCAGCCGUUGAUUAGCAAUUCGCUGGCCAUACGUCAAGAAAUACAGCGUUUCGAGAGCGUGCAUCCAUCGAUUUAUGCAAUUUACGAUCUAAUCGAUUUGCUGCCAAUCGGCGAUGCACAGAUCGCACAGCAGAUACGCGAUCACGUUGUUUGCAUUGAAGGUUCGUAAAUCCACUAUUAUAUGCGACUAUGUACGUAAUUUAAACUGGCAGCUGUCAGAUUUGCAAUAAAAUUAUAUUCCCUUGCAGUCGUAAAUUUGUAAGUACUCAUGCGCCGAUGAGCUCAUUUUCAAUCCCCAAAUUAUGAUAUUAUAGCUUUGCCAACAGCUGUAAGAGCUUACUCAUAAAAAUCUCUCUAAUAAAUUGUUUACUGCGUCAUUGCAUUGCUCCCCCCUUUAGCGCACGCAGGCAGGCAGCCAAGCUCUGAUUGUUUCAUUUUGCACUCACUCCAUGCGCCACUAUAUUUUGUAUCCUCCUCUUAGUGUUUGUGCAAAAUAGUCGCACUGAAAAUGCAAUUAUCACUGCUCCAGUGAUUUUAUUAAUAUUAUCGGUUUGAUUGUCAAACAAAUACACUGGGCCGUAAAUAAUGGCGCCAUCAAUGCCAUCAACAAGCGCCUGCUGCGCCAUCAUCGUCGGCAUAAACAAUAAAGCUUAAUAAACUUGGCCGCAGUCGGUGAUGGAAGUGUGACAUCAUCAGCGCAGCUGCCAUCCCCCAUCCAUCAAGCAUCCUUACGCACAGCACAGCGAACGCUUCAACCAUAUCCUUCCGGAGCAGGCGGAUGCUGUUGCAAUGUUGCGAAAUGUUGAGUGAUGACAGUGAAAUUCCAAAAUUUUCUGUGCAGUUAUACGCGUGCGGAAAACUUAAUUAAUUUCUUGUGGAUGUUGCUGCGGUUAUGGCAAAUAAUUAAACACAUGUGAACAAUAAGAGACUGCCACAGAUAGCCGUGGGUGGGCGGCGACAAAGUGGUUUUCGCUGAUGGAAAAUGUGAUAAACUCCGCGCAUGUUUAUGAUUGUGCAUACGUACCUGUGUAUAUAUAUUUUCCAUUGUAUUUCUCUGCUGUUAUUGCAUGGCAAACAAGCGUGAAUGGACAAUGCAGGCAAUUAAUAAUAGCAAACAUACCUGUGCAGGGUUAUUAGCGGUGAGGAGGAGGAGAGCAACAGCUGUGAAACUAUUUUUUUGUGCUUUACUAUCUAUUCAAUAGAUAAUAGACGAAUAUUGUUCAUGAUAAUUAACCAGUUCCCAUAUUUAGGGCUUGGAAAGCUAGUAAAUCAUACUUUUAAACGACGGAAACCAAACCAUUUUAACUUCUAAUUUUUACUCACAGGACAGCUGAACUUUUUGAUUUUUGUACAAUAUUUAUGCGCGUAAAUAAUUUUAAUAAAACGUGUGGCUGAGCAAUCAUUUGCGGGGCUCUUCCAAGCUAAACUUAAAGGCGUCACAGGGAUCACACUUAGGUUAAAAUUUUC